AAUUUGAAGAAAAAAAGCGAUAGAUAGAUAGAAUGCGCAUGCGUACGCAAAUGACGGGCGGUCUUGGUCUUAGGCAAGUUUAGUAUGUUUGUUGACGCCCCUUUGAAAUGUGGGAAAUGUGGUUUUAGGUGCCUGACGCUUCUUUUGUAGUCUACAGCGUAUUACGUAAGGGGGUCAAUAACUACACUGACCAACCGGUAUGGUUUUAAAAACAAGGUUUCGCCUCUUAUUAAAGUGGGAAUCAGAGGACACCGGCAGCCUGCUAUGUCUCCUGUACAAGAAAAUUCGCGGUGGCCCCGAGUAUCAAAGUUCACUCUGUCAGCAUGUGCUGCAACUGUUGCAGAGUUAGUCACAUUUCCUCUGGACCUUACCAAAACCAGACUUCAGAUACAGGGUGAAGGUGGUUCCCGACAGCAUGGUGGAAAUGUACAGCCUCCAAAAUACAGGGGCAUGCUGAGCACAGCUCUGGGUAUAGUGCGAGAAGAGGGGCCCUUGAAACUUUGGCAAGGGGUCACACCAGCUAUCUACAGACAUAUAGUGUAUUCAGGCGGCAGGAUGUUAGCUUAUGAACAGCUCAGGGAAUCUGUCUUGGGAAGAUCUGAAGAUGGCGUUUUUCCAGUAUGGAAAGCAGUGAUCGGCAGUAUGGUAUCAGGUGCCUUGGGCCAGUUCAUCGCUAGUCCGACAGAUCUAGUGAAGGUUCAGAUGCAAAUGGAGGGCAGGCGCCGUCUAGAAGGGAAGCCGCCAAGAGUACAUGGGGUUUACCACGCAUUUACAAAGAUCGUAGCAGAGGGAGGAAUACGAGGCCUUUGGGCUGGAUGGGUUCCCAACGUUCAGAGAGCUGCACUGGUCAAUUUAGGAGAUCUUAUGACAUACGAUACCGUAAAGCAUUUUCUACUGAGAAACACCUCCAUACCAGACAACAGCAUUUGUCACGGAUUGGCCAGCGUAUGCUCAGGAUUGGUUGCAGCUAUUAUGGGAACACCAGCUGAUGUGGUGAAAACUAGAGUAAUGAACCAGCCACGGGAUUCAAACGGGAGGGGUCUUCUCUACAAGUCUUCUACUGACUGUCUGGUUCAGUCGGUGAGAAAAGAAGGAUUUUUUUCCCUCUAUAAAGGAUUUCUACCAACUUGGUUUAGAAUGGCUCCCUGGUCUUUGACUUUCUGGCUUACAUUUGAGCAAAUGAGACGAGCAAUGGGCAUCAGCUCAUUUUGACGAAUUUAAGAGUUGGACUUAGAAUAUUUUUUUACUUAGUCUCUAUAAAGUUUCUGAGCUGAA